AUGGAGAGCAAAGCGCCUUCAUUCUGCAGGGUUUGUAAUGUAUCACUAGCUAGCCCAAGCGACUGGCGACAGCACGCAAAGAGCGAAUGGCAUGUCUACCAUCUUCGGGUCAAGGUGGCCGAGCCUGGCACCGCUAUUACACCCCCGUCCUCAUCUCCGCGCCGACAAAGAAGUGCAGCCUCAAGUCGACAUAAUGAGUCAGACGAGGAUAUAAACGACGUCACUUCUGAAGACUCGCGUUUAGGUCCUGUCGCUGCAGAUUUCGAUGCCCUGCAAUGCCUGUUUUGCAGCACCGCCAGCACAAGCUUCAGCAACAACCUACAACACAUGGCCAAAGCACACGGCUUCACAAUACCGUGCCAGGAACGUCUCACCGUCGAUAUGGAGACCAUUACGGUAUACUUGCAUCUCGUCAUCCAUGGCUACCAUGAGUGCAUUCAAUGUGGGUGUCGUCGACGGACGGUUGAGGGCAUUCAGCACCACAUGAUAGCAAAGGGACACUGUCGGUUCGACAUUGUCUCUGACAUGGAGGAAUUUUACACUAUUCCCCCUCAGAACCAUACAGCCGACGCAGAGUCACUACUUUUGCCCUCUGGUAAACUCCUUUGCAAUCCCACCACAGCUCGCGGACCGCAGCUGUCGCGUAAACCUCGCCCUUCGACCAGGAGGCAGACGGCGCUGGCGACACGGCCCAGCACAAACAGUAUUCAUGCAUCAGCGCAAAACAGCAGCGAUGCGCAGCUCUCGCCCGACACGCGGCUGUCGUCGCUGACCAGGGGAGACCAGCAAAGCUUGGCGCACCUCAGGGACUACCAAGUGCGGUCCUUGGUGACGACCGGCGCAAGGCAAGGCAGUGGAUGA